AAGAACAAGUCAGAGGUUUCUCUCAGAGAACGAUUGCUCUGUCGGAGACUCUGAGGGAGUUCAAAGACACUCUGCCCUCUGCACUGGAGAGAGCAAGAGGAAAAUCCCUUGGAGCUUUCAGACAAGAGUUUCCUUGCAGUUCAUCGUGGAGAAUAACUCCUGUCUGGAUCAUUCCUCUAUUCCAACAGGUGACGGGACACUGACCGAGAACCAUGAAAAGAGUCUUCAGCUGGAAGGACUGGAGCAAGUGUCUCCAUGUGGACUAUUACUGAGACGAUCUGAAGGACGUGUUUUCCAGAUAUGUGAGCAAGGGGAGAGCUGUGAGAGUCAGUAUACCCCAAAAAAGCAGCAGGGAAAUCAUCUAGGAGAGGGACAGGGUAACUCCAGUAGCAGGAGCACAAGGGAGAAAAGAAACACAGAAACCGUUCAACAGGAAAUCCGCCAUCAACAGUCACCCUGCACGUGUAGUGACUGUGAAACUCUUCCUGAACAUCAAAGGGUCCAUACGGGAGAGAAGCCCUUCAAGUGCUCUGACUCUGGGAAAAGCUUCAGUGAGCACUCACACUUUACAAACCAUCAGAAAAUAAAUACAAGAGACACACUCCAUAACUGCUCUGACUGUGGGAAAAACUUCAGUACAAACUCACACUUGGUUAUCCAUAGGAUGGCUCACACAGGAGAGAAGCCUUUCAAUUGCUCUGUGUGUGGGAAAAGCUUCAGUCAGAAGUCAAACCUUGUUACCCAUAGGAGGACCCACACAGGAGAGAAACCCUUCAAUUGCUCUGACUGCGGGAAAAACUUCAGUAGUAGCUCAUACCUUGUUACCCAUAGGAGGAACCACACAGGGGAGAAACCUUUCAAUUGCUCUGACUGCGAGAAAAGCUUCGGUCAGAUUUCACACCUUGUUAGACAUAGGAUGACCCACACAGGAGAGAAACCCUUCUACUGCUCUGACUGUGGGAAAAGCUUCAGUAGAAGCUCAUACCUUGUUACCCAUAGGAGGAUCCACACAGGAGAGAAACCUUUCAAUUGCUCUGACUGCGGGAAAAGCUUCAGUCACCGCGCAAGCCUUUUAAACCAUAAGAGGACCCACACAGGAAAGAAACUUUUCAAUUGCUCUGACUGCGGGAAAAGCUUCAGUCAGUGCUCCUGCGUUACUAGCCAUCAGAAUACAUACAAGAGAGUUGCUUUAUAAAAGCUCUGAUUACAGAAAAAGCUUCAAACACAGGUCAAACUUUGUUAAAGAUUAGACAGUCCACAGAGGGGAGAAAACCAUUCAGUUAUUCUGACUAUGGGGAAAGCUUCAGUCAGAGCUCAAAUCAUCUUAGCCUUUGGAGGACCCACACAGGGGAGAAACGUAUAACCUGACUUCCCUUUAAGCUGCCUGGCCAGGUGGCUGUGGUCCCAGAAGACCCUUUGGGGAGGGUCUCCUGGGGUACUGACCUGGCCUCUGCCACUCACCUUUCUGCUCUCUGGGGCUUCUCACCACCCAGUCCUGCUGGGGCAGCUUUUUAGUCUCCCCUGGCCAAGACCCCGAGCUGAGAUUCCCGCCCCCACGCCUGCCUCUGAGCAGUGGUACAGAGACUGAACCUCUUCAGGUCUGAGGAGAGAGCAGUUUAGGGCCCAGCUUUCUGGGAUAGCACUCCCCAAAUGGGAUCAAACCCCGAAGAAUGGGGUAAGCCCCAUUUAGCAAUGAAAGGGGAAUGUCCACACCGAUUGCUCCCAUAGGUAGUAAUUGUUUACACUAGGCUUGAUAGUAAGUAAAAGUGGUUUUAUUAAGUACAAGCUGUAGGAUUUAAGUGGUGAUAAGUGAGAACAGGCAGAGCAAAGCAGAUUACAAACUCAAAGGUAACAAAAAAUGCUUUGUUAAUGCUCCACUGAAACUUCAAUACAAACUUUUACAAACUCCCCCUAAAACCUCUUUUCCAGCUGCCCCUCCAAACCAGGGCGCUCCCCCAACUGUGGGGUCUUUGGCUCCUCCCUUCAGAUGCUGCCCAGCCAAAAGACCAAGUCCUCCAGGUGGAUGUUAUUUCCAAAUAACGGCUUGCUGUGUAGACACGCACUGUAAUUCCGAAAUAAGGCUGCUGUGUAAAUGCACCCGAAGGGUCACUGAGCAGUGGCCUGGGCUCCCCAUACUCAGGAAUCCCAGUGUGGUUUCUGUGGUCCUAAUUCUGGCUUCUGAGGGCUGCAGGAGAAAGACCUGGUGUGGACAGGGAAAUCCCAAUGAACCUCCCAGCAGAGCAUGACUGGUCCCAUCUCAGAGCCCUGGUUCCGUCUCUGGGUUUAGUUCCUGCUGGGCUUUUCUGGACUACUCCAGAUCACUUGUUCAGGUGAACUUGUGUUUUUGUUUUAGUACAAUGACAUAUAGAACUUUUUAACUAACACAGACAUGUAAUGAGGCAAGAAAUAAAGCAGGUUUAUCUACUGCA